AGGAGAGGCGCUUCCAGCCCGGAGUGCCCUUGUCGUCUCAGCAUUGGGAUCCAGAGAGGACGCAAGGAAGGGCUGGCAGGUGCUUGGAAAUAGGUCACAUUGGGGAUAUUGAUUAAAAGAAUGCCAACAAGCAAGUGAAUGACGGAAAAGUGCAGUUUUUGAGGACAUAUCGUGAAACAGUGACACCAAUCUUGUUUUUUUUUUACAUUUUUGCCCAUUUAUUUCUUCUUUCUCUUCACUUUCUUUCCCAGCCUCCUCAUUCGGUGCAGUCCUCCUUUUUCCUCCUUGCGCUUUUCAAGGACGCACACAUCUCCAGAAGUACAGCCGCCAUGGAAACCGGGAGCCCCAGGAAGAUACAGUUCACAGUGCCUCUGCUGGACACCCACCUGGACCCGGAGGCAGCUGAACAGAUUAGGAGACGUCGACCGACACCUGCAACUUUAGUGGCAUCAAGCGAUCAGUCAUCGCCGGAAAUAGAUGAAGACCGUCUGCCUAACCAGCUGUACAAGGCUGCGUUGUUGAAUUCCCCUCGACAACGGCGAAAAGGACAAAAGGGAACACCUACGAUGAAAGAGCUGCAGUUUCUGGUGGAGCAUCACCUGUACAGGCAGCAGCAAGGAGGCGCCGACGAGUGCUCCUCCGAGAGUUGCCUGUCGGACAGGCCCAGCCCCGACUCGGCGGCCCCGGGAGAGGAGCUGCCGCGGGACGACGAGGCCACCGCCGAGGCCUUCGAGAUGCUGCGCUGCCAAAUGGAGGAGUUCUCCAGGGGGAGUCUGUCAGAGGCGGCCGUCGGCGGAUUGGAGCGCCCCCUCCCAAAGGAGGAAGACAGUUGCUCCAGGGUUGCUUCGUCAGAUGCGUCGUCGCAGCUCAACAACGCACAAGCAGACACAAAAGCGGCGACGUGCGGCACCAGUCAGCCAGCCGACGAGAAGACAAAGAAACUCAGCCCAGAGACAGAAAAAUAAAUGUUGAAAAGAAGAUGAAAAGAAAGAAUUAAAGCGCUCGUGUGUAGGCCUACAUCACAAAUGCUGCUCCUUCUACUCAGCCAGCGCCCACGCAAUGACAGAAGAUUGUGUGUGUGCAGACUCACUUUCUAGCAACAUCAGGACAGUCCUUCAGGGCCUCAGUUACCAGCCGCAAAACAACAUUUAUACACAGCCAUACAUGUCCAAAGGGAUCCUUACGUUUUGCUUCUAUAAUUCCCAAUUACCCCAUUUAAAACACUCACAUACUGUAUCACACGUCGACUCUCAUGUCAGCGUUUAAUUUAAUCACACACAACUCGAUCGAUCGUAUGUGCCAUGACGUCUGCGAUUGUUCCAUCAAAGCAAUAACACCGUUUUUACUACAGGAAACGUAUGACUUUAAACGCAGUCGCUAGUAGCAAUAGUACAGUUAUCAUUUUAACACUAAAAUAAAGUCAAACAGCUCACCCUUUGAAGACUCCUGAUAGACAUGUAAUUGUAAAGGGUACAUACAUGGUGUUUGCAGAAUGACAUAGAGUUUUGUUUUAUAGUUACAGUAUUGGUAGAAUUAAAUGUGCAGUAAUCCGCAUUUAUUCGAGGCUCGCUAUUUGUGAAGUCAUGUUUUUUUUUUUUUGCUCAUUCUAUAAUUCUCUGAGAUGCCACAAGAUGGCACCAAACCUCUGUCUAAAUAGCAAUUGGUCUCAAGGAAGUAUGCUCUCGAGUGAGAGGGAAGCUUUUAUGGAAAGCCGUUUGAGCAUCUAUUCGAUAUCCUUGAUAUCAAGCUUAAGGUCUAUGUACUAGUACGUUCUUUGUCCCUACGAAUAGGAUGACUUUGGAAUACUAAUAGCACAAUUACAUGUGCGGCAAAACUGUGUACUAGUUGACAACUACUCGCUACUAGUACUCAUAAUGACAAAAGGUUCUAGUAGUUAAUAGGCUGGCCCUUCACUAGUAGUACUAGUAGCCUGCAGAUGUCAACUUGUGCACAGCUUUGCUUCAUUAGUAACAUGAAUUUGUUCUAUCAGUAUGUCAAAGAUAUCAUGUCCAUAAACGACAUACAAUAGAAGUGGUAAACUGUUACUAGUCAGAAACAGCGAUUCUACUAGUGCUCCAUAGUUGAUUUACUGGUGCGCUGAAUUGUCUUAUUAGUGAGGCUAAAGACCCUACUACUGCAUGGACUUUAAGCUGGAUAUCCCGACAUUGACUAAAUAAGAUGUGUAAGUCGGUGAGGAGCUUUAGUUUGUUUAGUCUGGGUUGUUAGUAGACUUCACACCGAUUUUAUCGGGCUGAUCGGUAUCGGCCGAUAUUUAGCAUUUUACGCUGAUCGGCUGAUCGGCUUUAAUGUCAUAGUUUCGCCGAUCCGAUCAAUGACGUCAUUGAUCGGCUCCGCAAAAGACAUUUACUCCGUGUCGCUGCGUGCACAGUAUAUUUGAAUCUAAAAGCUAGUUUAUUUUCAGCCUUGUCGUGUGUCUUUUUAAAAUGUUAUGUAGCCUAGCAAGCUAGCGCCAGCACGAACGGUUGGACGUAACAUGCUGCCGUUCUGUCGAAUCAUGCUCUGAAGUUCCGGUGUGGGUGAAGUAAUUUAAUUAAAAAUAAAGUCAUUUAAGUACAGUAAGUUAGCACCCAUUAUUUCUGUCAUGUAAUGUUGGUUUGUCCUGACAGAUUAGAAUACACGAUCUGACUAGAGCGGUGAUUUCCAACCUUUAUGGAGCCAAGGAACAUAUUUUACAAUUGAAAAAUCUCACGGCACACCAACGAACAUAAAUGUCACAAAAAGUGGAUACAUUAAUUACUGUAUUUACUUCCUGCCAUCUAAUAGAAGACCAUUCAUUUGUUCUGUCUGUCACUAUGCCUCACUGGCAUAAAUAGAGGAACAAAGAUACAUUAUUUAUUGUAAAUAUAAUUUUGUGAGCAAUUAAGUACACAAGUAUGUACAGUAAAUGAACAGGUCAUUUCAAUAGACACAUUCCUCCAUCUUGUGAUCGGAUCGGUGAUCGGUUAUCGUUUUUUCAAACUCGCCGAUCGGUGAUCGGCCCCAAAAAUCCUGAUCGUGUAAAGCUUUUAGUUGUUAGUGGAAGUUAGAAGCGUCUUCGCCAAAUGUGCAUGUACACGCACACUUCAGGUGAACUUGUUUUGAAAUCAAAAUCAUCUGUAAGCUGUUUUUUUGCGAGGGUAAUGCAAGAUGAGUUUGAAAUGAAAUUUAACUUAUGGGGGAUAGAGGCAAUUGUAAACAUUUUAACUCACGCUUUUUCACUAUUUAUGGUCAAGUUUGGCCCCUUAAAUAAAUGUGUGUGGGGGGGGGUUACUGUAUUCAAAUUUAAAUACAUUUGUGUUUUUAAUUGAUAUUUUAUUUAUUAUUUUGCUUGUAUUUUGAAAAGCAGCCAAACCACCGUUCCAGUUCAUGUCCUAUGGUUAUAUAACACUUUUUCUUUUCUCAUCUGUGCUAUUUUUAUUUUCUAAUAUCAUAAAACACCUUCUUGCAUGGUGCCGAUAGAUUCAGUCCAGCUCUGCUGUGUUUCAUUUUCCAAGGCACCGACACAUUUUGAAUACCAGGCUGAUAUUCCCUUUGUCCAAACAACAAGGACAUUUUCAAAUUCCUCCUGAUAGAAGUUGCAUUAAUAUGUAAAUUGUGACAAUCCUUCCAUACGCUUCACGCUACAUGUAAAUCGUACAUCAUGUGUGGGACAGAACCUGACCACCCGUAUCAGCCUCAGAAUGCCGAAAAAUACAAAUUUUAAAAAUCCAUAACGCUCUUUUUUAUUUAUUUUUGUUUUUGUUUGUAUUUAUGGAUUCUGUAGUA